AUGGCUCUACCAAACCCCGCCGCCGCCAUGUCGUCCAAAUCCGUCAUUCAAACCCAAGCCACCCUCCUCCCAGCCGCCGCCGUCCACCGCAUCUCAUUCUCCAUCGAUCCCUCCGCCCGCCGCCGCCACCUCCGCAUCUCGGCCGUCCACGCGGCCGAGCCCGCCAAAACCCCCGCCGCCGCCGCCCCCAAGACGGACGCCCGAGUUCUGUCUCCGCUGGCCCCGACGCCCGUCGGCGCCACGUGGGCCCCGGGCACCUGGAAGACAAAGAAGGCCCUGCAGCUACCGGAGUACCCGGACGAGGCCGAGCUCGAGUCCGUGCUGACGACGAUGGAGGCUUACCCUCCGUUGGUGUUCGCCGGAGAGGUCCGCAGCCUGGAGGAGCGGCUGGCGGAGGCGGCGCUCGGAAAAGCCUUCCUCUUGCAGGGCGGAGAUUGCGCCGAGAGCUUCAAGGAAUUCAGCGCUAACAAUAUUCGGGACACAUUCAGAAUUCUGCUUCAGAUGAGCGUCGUCCUCUCCUUCGGUGGCCAAUUGCCUGUAAUUAAGGUGAGCCAAAAGAUGGACCCUAAUGAACUCACAAAACUGAUUGACAUCUUGAAUCCUACUAACAAGCCUGGGAGAAUCACGGUCAUAGUUAGAAUGGGUGCUGAGAACAUGAGAGUUAAGCUUCCUCAUUUGAUAAGGGCUGUUCGUAGAGCUGGCCAAAUUGUGACUUGGGUGUGUGAUCCUAUGCAUGGAAACACGAUCAAAGCGCCUUGUGGACUCAAAACUCGUGCUUUUGAUGCAAUCUUGGCUGAAGUGAGAGCUUUCUUUGACGUGCACGAGCAAGAAGGCAGCAAUCCAGGUGGCAUUCAUCUUGAGAUGACGGGACAAAACGUGACCGAAUGCAUAGGAGGCUCAAGAACAGUGACAUUUGAUGAUCUCAGCUCACGUUAUCACACCCAUUGUGACCCGAGAUUGAAUGCUUCGCAAUCUCUCGAGCUUGCGUUUAUUGUUGCCGAGAGGUUAAGGAAGAAAAGGAUGUCCUCUCAACGCUUGAUCUCUUAA